GCUCCGGGCUGUGGCUCCGGACGGAGGCGGAGCGCGUUGGCUGUCCUGUCCUGAGCCGCCGCUUGCGCAAACGCCGCGCGAAAUGGAGGAUUCAGAAGGCGAAGGGGAGGAGGAGGAGACUGAGGCCGAGUGGCUCUUGCCGACACUCAGCAGCGGACUCCAGAGAGAUCCCCCUGCGGCCGUAGAAGGUGUCUCGUGUUAUCAUGGCCAAGCUGUGCCCAAAGGAAAUGCUUGGAACCGAAUCAUUGUGCAUCUGGACUUGGACUGUUUUUAUGCCCAGGUAGAAAUGAUCUGCAAUCCUGAAUUAAGAAGCAAACCUUUAGGUGUGCAACAGAAAUACCUGGUCGUCACCUGCAAUUAUGAAGCCAGGAAUCUUGGUGUGAAAAAACUCAUGGGUGUGAAAGAAGCAAAAGAAAAAUGUCCGGAUCUGGUGCUGGUUAAUGGAGAGAAUCUGACUAAAUACAGGGAAUUCUCUUACAGGGUUACAGAAUUGUUAAAAACAUUUACUCCAUUGGUAGAAAGGCUCGGAUUUGAUGAAAAUUUUGUGGAUAUCACUGAAUUGGUUGAAAAGAGACUGAAAGAGUGGAAAAAAGCAACACUUCCUAACAUCUCUGUUUCUGGUCAUGUAUAUAAUAAUCAGACUGUUGAUUUCCAUGAGCCGAUGCAUGGAAGGCUAGCUAUAGGAUCUCAGAUUGCAGAGGAGAUGAGAGAUGCCAUGGGCAGCAGGCUGGGGCUCACGGGCUGCGCCGGAGUGGCCACCAAUAAAGUCCUCGCCAAGCUGGUCUCUGGGACCUUUAAACCAAAUCAGCAGACAGUUCUUCUGCCUGAGAACCGGCAAAACCUGAUGGCCAGCCUCGAUCACAUAAGGAAAAUACCAGGGAUUGGCUUUAAAACAGCAAAGCGUCUCCUAAAUCUUGGGCUCUGUACUGUGCAAGAUCUCCAAUGCUGUUCAGCUGAGAUUCUGGAAAAAGAACUGGGGGUUCCAGCUGCACAUCUCAUCCAGAAGCUCAGUUGGGGAGAAGACCAUUCUCCGGUUGUCCCAUCAGGAGCUCCUCAGUCUCUCAGUGAUGAGGACUCCUUUAAAAAGUGCUCUUCUGAAGCAGACGUUAAGAAGAAAAUUGAAGAAUUGCUCACUAAUCUUCUAGAAAGGUUGUACAAAGAUGGCAGAAAGCCCCAUACCAUCAGAUUAACCAUCCGUCAGUAUUCUGCUACCAAUAAAUGGUUUAAUCGAGAGAGCCGCCAAUGUCCAGUUCCAUCUCACUUGAUCAAGAGGAUCGGUUCAGGAGACGCCAGUGUAAAGGCUCAACUCGUUUCCAUUCUUAUGAAACUGUUUCGAAAGAUGAUCAAUGUUGAGGCUCCAUUUCACCUGACCUUGCUGAACAUCUGCUUUUCCAAUCUUAAGGACCCACCAGCUUCUUCCAAGGAGUCUAUUCAAUUUUAUCUGAGUCAAUCGUCACCUUCUUUAAGCUCCAACAAACUUUUUCACACAACAGAAGACAGAAACUCAGAAAACACGAGGAUGGAACAUCAAGGGGAAGACAGUGAUAUUUUAUCAGGAGAGAGAACCACAAGAUGUGUCCAAUCUCAACUCCACACUCCUUGUCUGCCAACAGCAAGUGAUUUUCAGUGCCCAAGUCCACUUCUUCCUGCUGGAAUAGAUUACGAUGUGUUCAACCAGCUUCCAAGUGACAUUAAGGAGGAAAUAAUCUCUAGCCAAAAGAAGGUUAGGGAUUCCACAGGGACUUUGUGGAGCCAGGGAGGAUCUGAACUAGAGGAAAAACCACCAUGCCAUUCAAAAGCCAAAAUAAGCUCCAUUUCCUUACAUUCCGGAGACCUUGGUCAAAGGACUAGAACUUUGGGAUUGUAUGACAUUGCACCCACCAAUGAAGAACCACCACCACCAGAAGGGCAGAACCCCUGUGGAGAAGGCUCUUCCCAAAACCAUUCAAGCCAAGGAUCGAAAGUGGCCCUUCCUCCUUCUGUAGACCCCAAAACCUUUUCGGAGCUGCCCGCAGAGAUGCAGAAAGAACUGCUGGCUGAAUGGAAGAGUCAAAAGCGUGUUUCCAAAAUGCACGGCAGCAACAUUGCGACGCUUAAAGGAACCAAGAAAGGACAGGCAUCAUCUCCAGGGUCCAAUAGUUUACUACGCUAUUUCAAACCAAGAUGACUUGUCAUUUGUUGGAGAGACUAUCCUUGCAGGUCAAUUAUGUAUCUGGAGAUAGAGCUUUCCUUCAGCCAAAGGUAGCUAAGGUGAUAUGGUUUAAGAAAAUGGGGGGCAAUUUCUUUUUAAUGCAUCUAUAUAACUUCCUCUCCAGAGAUCAAAUUUUCAAAGAAUAGCUGCCCAGGAUGUCUUAAAAUCAAUUUGGCUGGAAAAUUUGACAAACUGUCCCUCCAGAUAUAUUGUAACUGUAUCAGGGUGGGAAAGCAAAGUUCACAUGUGCACGUUUGCAAAUGAAACAGACCUCCAGUACAAUGUUGACACUUUGGUUCCUGGCGCAUGAAAAUGGGUUUCCCACCUAAAAUAAAUGUCCCUUAAAAUUUGAAGAAUAUGUAGAGAGGCAAGGGAAAGGAUGUUGAAAUACAAAGCAGUCACAGUAAUUUUUCUCCAUUUUCUUAGUCAUAGAUGCUAGAGGCUAGGGCACCAUCCUGGUCUACUUUGAUCUGUGUAGACUUCUAAUCUAAUUGCUAGCAUUCUUAGCGAUGGCCCUACUGGAUUGAGAAUCCUGGGAGUUGAAGUCCAGACACCUUAAAAGUUGCUCAGGUUGAGAAACACUGCUAGAGGGUUACAUAUUCUUGCCAAUGGAAGAACAAUAACACAUAGACUUAUAUACCACUUCACAGUGCUUUACAGUGCUCUCGGAGCAAUUUACAGAGUCAGCCUAUUGC